AUGAAGCUAUCCACUGUCCUGUCCUCGGCCAUCGUUGCUGCGCUUGCAAAAGGCGCAGCACUAAACAAGAGGCAGAGUGUUGCGACCUGCUACGGGGACCAAGGCCCCAACUUGAAUGACUGCGAUAGUCUGAUUGCGCUUCUCGGCUGGACCGGUACUUCGACUGACCAGAUCGAGCCUGAUCCAUCCGGUGGUGUGUCUUUCUUCGAUGACCACCACGCCUUGAACUGUGAGAUUGGCAUCGGUUGGAAUGACCCAAACAACCGUCUCACCAUUACCACAUCUUCGCUUUUGCCUUAUAUCAACAUCAUCAAAGACAAAUGCAUCAUUCCCAGCGAGGCAGCCAAGCAUCGACGACAGGCUGAAGGCGACUCGUUCAACCUUGAGGUUUUAAGCCAUGCCAUCGAACGCCCCGGCUUCCGUCAGAAGGUCGGUCCUAGCCUUCCUAGCGGCAGCUCUUACACUGUCACUACUGGCGAAGCGAACACCGUGUCUGUUGGCGCAUCCUUUGAGAUCAGCGGCGGAUUCUUCGAGAUCUUUGAGGCUGGUGCAAGCACGAGCUUCGAAAAUAGCCACACAGUUGAGAACUCCGAGUCUACUCAGAUCAAUGUUGACUGCGGUCCCGGAAAGAAUGGGCAGAUUUACUGGGUGCCUAAGUGGGACCACUAUGAGGGAACUUUCGUCCCUAGCAACACCGCCGGUGAUGUUUGGAAUCCGCUUGAUGACAGCGCUGGUGACUACAUGAUCGAGUGCCAGGGUUAA